CAGAGCUGUCAGGCACGGGACAGGGACGCGGGCGCUCGAGCCCGGAGCCUGUCAAUCACCGCGCCACACUGGCCACGUGGAGGCACCGCACCGCACCGCAGGUACAAACCAGAGUCCCGCAACCCACUCGUUCGAUCCCCACAAACGACGCAACGACGGUCGGCAGUCACUCGCAGGACCGUCCGCCCGGAGGCCAGCCGCCAGAUGAAGGGUCGAAACAAGGCGGAAAGUCUGAUUCUGACAGAUGUCAAAACAAGACGAGACGACAACCUGCGAGUGACUCCGAGCAACUCACCACCACACAGCGCGAGACUCGCGCUAUUUUCCACUACCUGCGUCUGCUCUUCGGUUCUUCUUCUGUUUCCCCAAAAACUUCAAACAAACCCGUGAACAGCAGGAAAUCCCCGCCGGAGUUUCCGUGGGAUUUUUUCACAAUAAAACACGGAGCGGGCGAGACGGUCCCUCAACUCGCUCGUGAGUUUUCCACGAGCAUGCGAAACCCCCGCUGAACCAACGUCCACUAAUCAAUCAACACAAACAUAUACUCGGUUAGACUGGCGAGCCUCUCGUCACACGCAGCUGACUCGACUUGGUCUGACUCGGACGGUGAACUGCUGGCCCUGGAUCGACUGUGUCUACACCGCUGAUCUGACAGAGCUCAUCGAUGAACAACUGCGGUCGCAGUCCACCGACUUCAGCUCACGAGACUUUAAAGCGAUACAAAUCCAUGUCCGCAAGUCAUUUCUGUUCUUGCUUCGAACGCGAUCUAUUUUCAUUUACUUUGAAAUGGCUAUCGUUUUACCGGAAUACACGUCACGGCCAAGCCAGCCGCCCCAGUGUAGCCCCGCCCCGCUGCCAUGGCAACCGCCUGCCGAUCACUCGGCGUGGAAAGCCCCCGGAGUUCAGGGGAAAUUCCGUCGUCACGUGGGAAAGUCCUGCCUGAAGAGGUCCCGCCCACGAUCACCGUCGCUUCCUCCCUCGAGCGUCUGAACCAACGUGUGUCGUCUGUGCUCGCCGGCGCACCUCCGCAGGGCGCUCGCUGAAUCAGCUCCAACGCUGACGUUCUGGGACGGCACUGAAGCGCCCUCCCGCGGAGACAGACAGUAGCGACACUGAGCAGAGCGAGUCCUCCAGCAGGCGGAGGAAGAGAGGGCGGACUGCUGCCCGCAUGCACAGCUGGUGUCGCUGUGUGAAUGUCGUUCCGUGGGGACACUUUUGCAUGUGACGCAGGUGACGCGGACGUGUGUUGAGCUCAAUGAAAGAACUGUCGACGGAGGCGCGAAGCAUCUCCUACGGUCCAUUCUGUAAGAAGGAGCCAAAGGCAGAAUGAGACGCUUUUGGGACUCACGUGACACCGUGACCUCGGCCCCUGACCUCCGCACAACAGGAGAGACUCCGGUGCCGCUCCUCCCCAGCAGGGGGCGCUCUGCAGCAACAACACGGCGAGCAGUUCCAUACCACAACUGCUGUCGGGGGCAGCAACUCAACAACACUGCAGCGGGAAGGCACACAGCUGUUGGCAUGAGUCAGCGGGGAAAGGCCCAUGUGUUUUGGGGCGCUCCUCCUGCCUCCUCAUCAGUCCAGUCCGGGUCCCAGGAGGCAGGCUGGCUCCGCCUGGACCUCCGGCGGAGGCGCGGCCGACUGCAGCCCAGCGCAGCUGCCACCACAGACGUCCUGCCUUCAGAGUCCCUGCAUGAAUACCUGGACAGUGUGGCGCGUGACGCGGCGCCGCAGCACUCGCCAGAGUCCAAGUGUGGAGCUGUGUCUGUGCCGACGGAGCGUCUCAGCGUGUGGACUCUGAGCCAGAGCCUGCUCCUGCAGGCUCGGCGCGAGGCCUCCACCUCCACCCCUCCGUCCAUCUCAUCCAGUUCCCCGGAACUCUUCGCUCCUGAGACCCCGUCCCCCCCCAGGGUGCAGGAGGAGGGCGUGGCCCUGCAGGUGACCAGCCAUGGCCUCUUCUGCUGCCAGGAGCCCGAGCCGCCCGCCCUCCCUCCUGGCACCGGCCCGACCACGCUGCUGAGCCGGUGUCAAGAGCCCAGCGUCCGGUACAGCGUCCUGGUGGCCGUCCUACACCCCUGCCACCUGAAGGAGGUCAAGGUGAGGUGGAGCUUGGGGUCAGAUGAGAUGUUGAUGAGCGAUGUGACGGCCCUCUGGCUGCAGGCCAAGUCUGGUCCCUCUGCGGGGACCCUGAUCCCCCUGGCCUCCCUGCUGGUGACUGACCAGUCUGCUGUGGAGAUGACGGUGGUUCUGUGGCGCCGAGCAGCGUUUUGGGUGGUGACUGUGGGACCUGGGGACGUUGUGAUGAUAUCAGGCCUGCAGGUGAACCAGGAUCGCUGGAGAGGAGAGAGGAUUCUGCAGUCCACCUUCUCUUCCAAACUGCUUCGUCUUGGCCAGGUCACCCUCACCAGCUGUCCUCCAGCUCCACCACUGGUCCCGCCUCACGCUCUGGAGGCCUUGUGUGGCUUUCUCCGCCAGCGGCGCCCCCUGCUGGUGUCCUUGCCCCCACGGCGUCCUCAGGACCUGAGCCGCCUCCCGUACGCCUCCCUGUCUGCCUUGCGCCCCAACACACUGGUGCACGCCCGCCUGAGGGUCACCGGCUGCUGCACCUGCACAGAGUGGAAGCCGGAGGCGGAGUCCAGGUCUCGGUCCGCCCUCCAACAGUUAGCCGUGGUGAUGGUGGAGCAGUCCGGGGGUCAGGAUGGGAGGCUCCUUCUGUGGGGCGGGGCCACCAGCUGGCUUCAGAGCUUCCACACCAAUAAAGACACUGUCUGGGACAUCCGCUUCCUGCUGGUGAGGGAGGGCUCCACUUCUGGCCGCGCCGAGCUUCACUCGACCCCUUGGAGUUCUGCACGAGCUCUAGACCCUUCUGACCCCAGGGGGGCGACGCUGUCUCCCAUCAUCAGGACCAAGUCGGAGAUGGACCUCAGAACCCUCUUGUCACAGAAGUUUACAGGGGAGGCGAUGCUCCAAGUCCAAGUCAGGUGGUUCCAGUUCCGGCAGAGCAGCCCUCAGCCCGUCCUGACGGCGUCCUCGGCGCUGGCUGGGAUCGUGGCGGCGCUUCGUGGCGACGUGACCUACACGGGCUGCGCUGGCUGCCGCUCAGAGCUGGACACCGAUGCUAACGGCAUCUUCCGAGCUUGCUACCCGUGUCUGCCCCGCACCUCCGUGGGCACCUUCUACAGAGCGGCCCUGAUGGGGCUGGGCGGGCCGGAGCAGUCCCAGCUGUGCGUGCAGGUUCCUCCCGUGGCUCUGCAGAAGAUCCUCGCGGCCGCACCCCAGAAGAUUCGCAGAGAGUCAGGUUCCGAUGAGGAGGGCAUCAGGAUGGCAGCAGAGAAGAUCCGGAACCUGCUGGAGCUUCCAAAGAAGACCUUUGUUGUCACACUGCGGAGCAUCUUCAUGUGUGACGAAAACGAUGUGGCCAUCGCUCAGGAGUUCACGCUGCUUGACAUGCAGCCUCUGGAGAGCACGAGCGUCACGUGACCUCACUGACCCUGCGGACUGUGUGUGUGUGUGUGAGAAUCUGCUCCCUGUCUCAGCUCAGUGUUGGUGACUGUCAUGUGGCGUGUUUUCAAGACGGAUAUUUGGCUCCACCCUCUUCUUCUCUGUGGAAUUAAAAGACUAAAUGCAACACAGCACUUGGCCCUCAGUCACCUGUGAGGACUGCUGCAGUGGUGGGGGGGCUGAAACAGAAACCAAGUUCAAGACACAGAUGUUUGGAGUCGUUUUAUUCAGCACGUUGUUGUUGUUGGUCCACCCAGAAUGCAUCCAGCCAUCUCCACAGUUAAUGGUGGUCCAGGUCCAGGUCAAACUCAAGAUUGCCACUCACAGGACUGCCAGGACUUUGAAGAUGCCGGCGGCGAGUCCCUCCGUGUCACUCGGCUUUGGAAGUGUCCUGAGCAACGCUGUAGAGAUCAUCCAGCAGCUCUGUGACGGAGGGGAGAAGACAGUGCUUACAGAGGGCCGGCCAUCACGCGGGGUGUCAGCACGCACUUGGACCAACCUCCGUCACAGGCGGGCGCCGCUUGGCCGGGGCUCCCUCCGUCGCCCCCUUGCUCACUGAACAAACCAGAGAAUCCGGACUUCUUCUGCUUCCUGUCGUCAUCAUCGUCUUUAUUCAAGAAUCGGCUGAAGAAUCCUUCCUUGUCGUCUUCGUCCUCGCCCUUCUUCUUGUCCCGUCCGAACGAAAAGAGUCCCCCUCCGUCUUCGUCCUCGCCCUUCUUCUUGUCCCGUCCGAACGAAAAGAGUCCCCCUCCGUCUUCGUCCUCGCCCUCAUCCUUGUCCCCGCCCAGCGCGCCCUUGAUGGCAUCUGUCACCUUGUCUUUCACAAAGUCUCCUGUGGAAACACAGACCGGACGGACCUUCAGCGCUUGUGAGCGUCUUCUUUCUGAGCAUGUUGGUCACGUGUUUUCCUGCUGUAUGGCGCGAAGGUCUUUGCUUCUCGGCUUCAACUGCGGCGACUCGUUGGUCACACGACCAACCCGUGUCAAAUACAGCAGAAACGAAGAUUAUUGAUGUCAAAAUAAACUCACCGAAUUUCUCAGCCACAAAGUUUGUCAUGGAGCUCAUGUUGGGCGAGGAGUAGUGCCGCUGCGGUGCUGCGUCUCAGGUGUGAGCGGUCCAAACCGACCUGCUCCACCUGCUCCACCUGCCCCGGGCGCCUUGCAAAUCAACAGCAUGACUCACCUGUUCUCUCCACUUUCCAUGUGAUGGACACGCCCUGAUCUCCUGCCCACUUUUAUGGCCUCACCGGCGUCCUCCGUGCAAAUCACUGACCGAGACUAAAACUACACAGACAAAACAGUCGUUUUUGCUGACGCAGCACAAGCUGGCACUUUGCUUUUCCGCUUCCUUUUUUUUUUUUUUUUUUUUCCAACACCGUUCACACGAGGUGUCGGACAGUUUUGG